AUGGCAGCAUCGCCGCCGCCGCCACAGGAAACCAUUGAUCCGUCGUUACUACCGAUGUUGACAGAUAACAGCAUAGGCUUUGAUGGCGGUUUCUUCUUCAACAACAUCGACGAUGAUGAUCCGCUGAACAUGAUGGAUGACAUGCUGAACUACGUCACUGCGGAAGAGCACUGUCACCCGUUUGGUGAUAGCGAUGACUUUUUGUUUACUUCAGUCACAACCACAGCUUCAACUGACCAGCCCUGGUCCAUCGUCGACCUAGACACCAAUCAGACAAAAGUGGUCAACCAAGGAAACUUAUCAUCUUUGAAAAAUUCAAAGUUUUUAACUCCCAUUUUACCUGAAAUAACUAACUCUUCCUCAAAUAAUGCCGACUACUUCCUCACCUCACUCACUUCCUCAAAUGUCAGUGAAGAAGAGCCAUGCUCCGAAGAUCCGCUCGUCGAGUCGUUGCACUAUCAGAUCAACCCUCUGGAAACGGAUGACGCCAUGUUCCGCGAGAUUGGCUUUCCCACCCGAGAGCUAAUUCUCCUCGAGAAAUGCCUCAUUCGCGAGCUGUCCUCUGCCUGUGCUGUGCUGCAAAAUCCCUACCACCAGAUUCGUGACAUUAGUAGUCAGAAAAAGUUGAAGCUGCAGACAGACGACCUCCUCCUGACGCAGCACUACUUCUUUCGCAUGAUUCGCAUGGCCAAGGGGCUGGGCUCAUUUUCCACCUUUUCCACCAACGAUCAGGCAAUGAUGCUCAAGCAGCGGCUGCUGGAGAUGGUCGCUAUCAGGUCGGCACUUUUCUACCAUCCCGAUCGAGAGUCCUGGUGCUUUAUUGAUGACAAAUCAAAGGCCUCAGUGAUGGUCCCCAUGAGCACCAUUCAGCCGUACUGUCGUUUGGAGUUCAGUCGACACGCCAAGUUUCCCGACCUUUUUCGUGAGGAGUGGAAACGGGACAACAUCAUCUUUGACCUGUUGACGACAAUCAUCCUCUUUUCACCUGGGGAUGACUACGCAAAUAAAGAUAAAAUGAAAGAAGAGCACCUGCGCUACACUCGACUGUUAAGCCGAUAUCUGGAAAUCAAGUACAACACCUUUACAGAAGCGGAAACCUGCUUUAAAACACUGAUGGGCACUGUAGAAGAGAUGCGACUGCUGAUCAGCGACAUUCGGCGUUUCUUUCGCAGCUCCAACAUCUCACGAGAAAGUCCGCUUUUCACCGAAAUUUUUGACCUUACAACAGAUAGUGUGCCUGCUAUUACAAAUGAGUAA